AUUUUGUCGGUCGCCGCCGCGUUAAUUUUGCAAUACACUGUACAUCGCAUGAUCGCUGUGCAGUAUAGUUAUUAAGUACAGUACAGUACAGUACGGCGCACGCAUAGUUCCUGUGUUUUGGUACGUUACGCGCUCGAUUGCGCGUUAAAAUCCGUUGAACGUUGGAAUUCCCACGUAUAGUAUUUUGACCGCUGUUGGAAAUACACUUGCGCCGCGCCGGUAAUCGAACACAAGUCCGUCCGAGUAAUGUUAUAUGACCUGAAACGGUUUUCGUGAACGCGGUACACUCAUAAUUUCUAGUUGAUUUGCUUAUCCAUCUAUGGAGAGUGCCGAUUUUGACAGAUUUUGUGGUUCGCCUUUUUGGGACAACGAUCUGUCGUGGAACACGACCAACCCCGAUAUUACGUUAUGUUUUGAAAGGACGGUGCUGAUCUGGGUGCCGUGUUUGUUCGUAUGGCUAUUCUCGCCUUUAGAAGUCUAUUACCUAGUCAGCAGUAAAUUCAGGGACAUACCAUGGAACUGGCUCAAUAUAUCGAAAUUAAUCGGUGCUAUUCUUUUAUGUAUUCUUACCAUAGCCGAUAUUGUGUAUGCAGUAAUUCAAUACACUUCAGACCAGCCGACCUAUUCAGUGGAUUUUUAUACUCCGCUCGUUAAACUUGUCACAUUUAGCUUUGUUAUGGUGUUAAUAAAUGCCAAUCGAGCUAGAGGCCUACGUUCCUCUGGGUUAAUUUUCUUGUUUUGGCUAAUGUUAGCAUUUUUAGGAGCCAUUCAAUAUCGAUCAGAGAUACGACUAGCUUUGUCCGAUGAGCCCAUUAAAAAAUAUCAAUAUAUUAGCUAUAUGGUAUAUUAUCCGUUAAUUUUAGUUCAGUUUAUUCUGAACUUCUUUGCAGACGCUGAGCCCAGAUUAUCUGAUUAUCCUCCCGUUGAGAAACCAUGUCCAGAAAUGGAAGCAUCGUAUCCAUCUCGAGUACUGUUUUCAUGGUUUAGUACAAUGGCGUGGACUGGCUACAGGCGUCCACUCGAAGCCAAAGACUUAUGGAGUAUGAACUAUCAAGACAGUUCUCGGGAAGUAGUUCCUAUAUUCGACAAAUAUUGGGAACGUUCUUUAAUUAAAGCCAAAGUUCAAGAUCAGGAUGCAAAAGCAUCCUACAUAAAAAAUAAGUCAGACGGAAGUAUAGAAGUCACUCCUAUUGAUUAUUCAAAACUUAAACAGUCAUCUCAAAAACAAGCUUCAAUAUUUCCUACGUUAUGCAAAUCGUUUGGUCGUACAUUUUUGUUUGGCUCAUUUUUGAAAAUAAUAGAUGAUUGCUUAGUAUUUGUCAGCCCUCAAGUACUUAAGUAUUUGAUAGCUUUUGUCGGAAAUAAAAACGAACCCAUGUGGAGAGGUUAUUAUUAUGUCUUUUUAAUGAUGUUAACGGCAACUUUACAAACGUUAAUAUUGUCGCAAUACUUCCAUCGUAUGUACCUUGUUGGUAUGCGUGUGAGAACUGCACUUACUUCUGCUAUUUAUCGAAAGUCAUUGAGAAUAUCCAACAAAGCCAGGAAAACGUUUACCGUUGGUGAAAUAGUCAAUUUAAUGGCCGUUGAUGCACACAGAUUUGUUGAUCUGACCACUUAUUUAAAUAUGAUAUGGUCGGCGCCGUUUCAAAUCGCUUUAGCUAUAUAUUUUUUGUGGCAAUCACUUGGCCCCAGUGUUCUUGCCGGCUUAUUCGUUAUGAUAGUCUUAGUGCCGAUAAAUGGCGUCGUCGCUGCCAAAGCGAGAAGUCUUCAGAUCAAACAAAUGAAAAACAAGGAUCAGAGAGUGAAGUUAAUGAACGAAAUCUUGUCUGGCAUCAAGGUAUUAAAAUUGUACGCAUGGGAACCCAGUUUUGAACAAAAAAUUUUGGAUAUUCGUGGAAAGGAAAUUAAAGUCCUUCGCACCGCCGCUUAUUUAAAUGCCGCUACAUCUUUCAUUUGGGCUUGUGCACCGUUUUUGGUUUCAUUGGUGACUUUUGCCGUCUACGUAUUGUCUGAUGAAAAUCAUGUUCUUGACGCGUCAACAGCUUUUGUCUCUCUAUCUUUAUUCAAUAUUUUACGUUUUCCUUUGUCUAUGUUACCGAUGUUUGUUUCCAAUGUUGUUCAAUCUAGCGUCUCAGUCAAGAGAAUAAAUAAGUUUAUGAACUCUGAAGAACUAGACCCCGAUUCGGUCACUCACGAUGCUGAUGAAAAGGAUCCUAUCGUAGUUGAAAACGGUACAUUUACGUGGGGCGAAGCGAACGAAGCUCCAAUAUUGACCAAUAUAAAUUUACGAAUUUCGACUGGUCAGUUAGUUGCUGUUGUUGGUACCGUGGGUUCUGGCAAGAGUUCCUUAGUAUCGGCAUUCCUUGGUGAAAUGGACAAAGUCACUGGUCGAGUCAACACAAAAGGAUCUAUAGCGUAUGUGCCGCAACAAGCUUGGAUUCAAAACACGUCGCUCAGAGAGAAUAUAUUAUUUGGUCAAACUUUAAGCGAUAGAAACUAUAACAGAGUUAUAGACGCGUGUGCUUUAAGAUCAGAUUUCCAAAUGCUUCCGGCCGGAGAUGCCACGGAAAUUGGUGAAAAAGGAAUUAACUUGAGUGGUGGACAAAAACAAAGAGUAAGCUUGGCAAGAGCAGUUUAUAAAGAAAGCGACAUAUAUUUUUUGGAUGAUCCAUUGAGUGCGGUCGAUUCGCACGUUGGAAAACAUAUUUUCGAGCAUGUCAUUGGACCGACAGGAUUAUUGCGUAAAAAGACUCGAAUUUUGGUCACUCACAGUGUAACAUACUUAAGAGAAGUCGAUUUGAUUGUUGUGUUAAAAGAUGGCCAAAUCUCUGAAUCCGGUACUUAUAAGGAACUACUAGAUAAAAAAGGAGAUUUCGCAGAUUUCUUACUAUUACACAUGCAAGAUCAGUUUUUGGAUAACGGCUCUGAACAUGACAUUGACAAGUUAUUAGAAGAUGCGCCAGCAGAUUUAAAAGAAAAAUAUGUCCGUCAAAGAAGCGAGUCAACUUCGGUCCAUUCAAUGCAAAGACAAAAGUCCAUCGAUUCGGAAAAACCCGAUAAGGCUGUCAUACAACCCGUUGAAGAACAACAGGCCAAACUAAUUGAUGUAGAAAAGGCGGAAACUGGAAGUGUUAAAUGGGAAGUUUAUGCACAUUAUUUGAGGUCGAUUGGUCCUCUUUUAUGUAUAAGCACAAUUGUUCUGAGUAUUGUUUUCCAAGGCUUUUCGAUAUCAUCAAAUAUUUGGCUCUCAAAGUGGUCUAACGAUAAUAGUUCUCAUGUUCAUGGAACAGAGAACGUCAAGACAAGAGAUUUGUACCUCGGUGUGUACGGAUUACUGGGUUUUGGUCAAGUGUUAACAGUAGUGUUUGGCACAACCACAUUAUAUGUCGGUUGUCUAUUAGCUUCUAAGUGCUUGCAUGAUAGCAUGCUUAAAACUAUAAUGCACGCAAAGACGAGCUUCUUUAACGUAACGCCCAUAGGGCGUAUAUUAAAUAGAGUCGCUAAAGAUGUUGAUGUAAUUGAUAUAACAUUACCUCCAAUACUGCUGUCUUGGAAUAGAUGUUUGAUCAUGGUUAUCGGUACUUUAGUAGUUAUAAGCUACAGUACACCAAUAUUUAUUACUGUUAUUUUUCCAAUUGGUAUAGUUUACUACUUUAUUCAAAGAUUUUAUGUAGCAACGUCGCGUCAGCUUAAACGACUCGAAUCUGUGUCUCGUUCACCAAUUUAUUCACAUUUUAGUGAAACGGUUACGGGAGCUCCGUCGAUUAGAGCCUAUGGCAUGGAAAGUAAAUUUAUACUCCAGUCCGAACAAAAAGUAGAUUUUAAUCAAACUUGUUAUUAUCCCAGUACAGUGGCUAAUAGGUGGUUAGCGGUAAGGUUAGAAACUAUUGGUAAUUUAAUUAUUUUCUUCGCAUCAAUAUUCUCGGUUUUGGGAAAAGAUACCCUAAGUGCCGGUAUUGUUGGAUUGUCUGUCAGUUAUGCUCUCCAGAUUACACAAACUCUCAAUUGGCUUGUUCGUAUGACUUCUGAAGUGGAAACUAAUAUCGUUGCUGUUGAACGUAUUAAAGAAUAUGGAGAGACUCCUCAAGAAGCUCCAUGGGAUAUACCAUCGAAUAGAGUACCUAAGAAUUGGCCAGAUCGCGGAGAAGUUAAAUUUGAAAAUCUUAAAGUACGUUAUCGUGAAGGACUAGAUUUGGCACUGAAGGGUUUAAAUAUCUUUGUGGAAGGAGGUGAAAAGGUGGGCAUCGUUGGACGUACUGGUGCUGGUAAAUCGUCCUUGACAUUGAGCUUAUUCCGCAUCGUUGAAGCUGCCGAAGGGACUAUCAUAGUAGACGGUGUUGACAUAUCUAAUAUCGGGCUACAUGCAUUGCGUAGCCGUCUUACGAUUAUUCCACAAGACCCAGUGUUAUUUUCUGGGACUUUAAGAAUGAACUUAGACCCGACAAACAGUAACACCGAUGAACAGCUGUGGUCUGCAUUGGAAUUGGCCCAUUUGAAAGCACACAUCAAAACUUUGCCUGGUGGUUUGGACCACGAAAUAUCAGAAGGAGGAGAUAAUCUAAGUGUUGGCCAAAGACAACUCGUGUGUUUGGCAAGAGCAUUGUUGAGAAAAACCAAACUAUUAGUUUUGGAUGAAGCGACUGCAGCAAUUGAUUUGGAAACAGACGACUUGAUACAAACGACUAUACGAACAGAAUUUAAAGACUGCACAGUACUGACAAUUGCCCACCGUCUAAACACUAUUAUGGAUUCAGACAAGGUUAUAGUUUUGGAUAACGGUCUGAUGGUUGAAUUCGACUCGCCCGCUAAUUUACUUAAAGAAAAAUCUUCUAUUUUCUAUAUGAUGGCUAAGGACGCUGGCCUAGUGCAAUAAGAUGUGCUACGUGCUGUGUGUUUUGUACCUUUACACAUCACCACUGCCCUGGACUCCUCAAGUUUAUGGGCGUUGUGUUAUUGAAUUAAUUAUUUUAUUUUUAUUGUUUCUGUUAUUUUUUUUUACAGAAAAAAAAUCAAAUUGUUAAUAGUAUACCUACUAGAAUGUUUUAUGAAUUAAUUUUUUUUUUCUAUUUUAACAUUUUAUUUAAAGCCGUCCGUGUAAGCAAAUACUUGCCAUUUGUUUGAGGUUUCUCGUUGGUUUAACUUGUGUAUAAGUUAGUACAUAUUAUUUAUGCUCAAACAUUGUUCAGUAUAUAUUUUAUUCAGAUUAA